AUAUAGUAAAGAGAGUGGAGAGAUUUACGUGGCAGCUAUUGACGCUUUCAAAAGGCUCUUUGGCAUUGACAGCGACACAAGACCACCCGCGAGGUGUGUUGGCCGGGUGCCAAGCCAAACUGCUUUUGCGUUAGCCUAUAGCGAGCCUAUAACGAGGGCAUUACAAAGUCAUGUCGUCGCGGGAAAUCCCAGAAUAGAGUUCUCAUUUCGGUGCGGAGCCCCCUCACAAAUAGACCACAGAAACUGUAUAGUCAGUGACGCGCUCAGUCGCGUUUUCACACUAACUUUGUGUUGGUCAGUGUGCCCGCCUCACAUGCGUUCUAUUUUACCUGUUGACGACGACUGCGAUCUGUCAUUUAUCCUGGGAUUGAUUUGAAAUGAUUGAAUCAAAUCAGAGAGAGGAGAACAUAGACACCAAAUGUCUUCAGACGUUAUAUGACAGCAAACAGAAACUCUGAAAGUUAUCUGGAUGUAGUUACUGAAAGCGAAAGCGCGCUCCCCGUCUAAACCCACCACUUCGUUAUUUAGUCACUGUUUUUAUGAGCGUCUAUUUUAUUCAAACUCAAGAACAACAAUACACAUUCCCCACAACAAGAACGCGUUUGAAGAGAAAGCGGCGUAUUCUCAGAAAUGCCCCUCCACAAUACGGACACCCCGAGGAGCCGAUGGGAGCAGGGCUUGCGGCCGCCGUGGGUCGCACGAUUGGCUGGAGGGCAAAGCCCCGCCUCUUCAGGGGUGGAGUCAGACACAGAGAGCAGCAGCACAGAGAGCGAGAGGUCUCCAGCCAAACGUUUAGAGGCGCGGUCACAGAGGAUCCUACCGUUGCCCUCCAUGCUGCAACAGCGAAUCACAGAGAUUGACCAGCAGAGGGAGGAGCUAAAGAUAGAGCUGCAGCUGGAGAUAGCCCUGUUGGAGGGUGAGCUGCAGGAGGAGAGGAACGAGCUGCGCAGACACACUCUGUAUCUACAGACACUGCAGGAGGAAGGCGGGCAGGAGGAGACGGACAGACAGACGGACAGACAGAAGGAGCGAGCUAGUCUGGAGGUGGAGAGGGCCCGGGUUGAGGAGCUGAGGAGUAGGUUGGAGGAGAAGGAGGCACUGCUUCCCAGUCAGCCAGAGGGCCAGAGAGAGCAGCUACUGAUCCAACUACAACAGGAGAAAGAGAUGGUGGAUGCAGCCGGCCGAGUAUUUGAGGACUGGGAAUUCCGUGUCCUGGAGAGCGAGGCCGGAAUAGAGGAGGAGGAGAGCGAAGGAAAGAUGGAAGGGAAGGAGAGAGGGAACGAGGAAGAAAAAGAGAAGGAGAUCUCAUGCCAAAAGAAUGCUGUCAACUCAGUGCAGGAGCGAGUCCAGCAGCUUGAGAAGCAGUUGAAGGAGAUGGAGCGAGAGAAGGAGAGAGAGAUGAAUGCCUUGAGGAAGGAGAGGAAAGAGUUGCUCCACACCACUCAAAGGGUCUUGAAAGAGAAGAAGCCACUCGCUGAUUGGUCCAACAUCCCCAGCUCGGUCCCUUGCAUGAUGUCACUCUCGCCGCUGACCAUUCACAAAUCACCUCAGGAACAAGCCAAAGAAUCCACCAGUUUACCCCGGAGACGGAGCUCGCACCGCAAUAAUAAGCUCGCCGAUAGACCGGUCUCGGCACAAGGGCUGGUGAGAAUGGUACCUGACAGUCCGAGCCCAGAGCGCUUCACUUCCCCUCUCCCCUCCCACCGGCACAGCAACGGGCACAGCAACGGGCACAUCAACGGGCACAGACCUGGGCCCAGCAAUGGCAGUGAUCUCCUCACCCCCUGUAACAGUGCUAGUAGCUCCCGUGCUGCCAGCCCAAAUCUGGGACUUUUAAACCUGGUGGAGAUUGAGAGGAGACUGAGGGAGGCCAAAGCGGAGAGAGAGAGGCUUCUCAAAGAGAGGGAGGAAAGGAGGCAGGUGGUGGUGGUGGAGGAGAGGAGGCAGAGAGAGCUGGAGGGCCGAGGAGCAGCAGAACCAGUAAAGUCCCAGAGCAGGCUAGUCCCUGAGCCAGAGGAGAAGCCCAAAACCACCAGUUCUGUCCCCAGCUCCCCUGAGUGCUCGCUACCUCUCUUCCUCUCUGCGAACUUUGACCUGCGGGCCCACGUGGAGUCGCUGGGUCACGGGGUGGCGGGGUGCAUGGGCCUGCGUAUGUCCCCGCGCCGCUGUGCCGGCUUCUUGACCAAGCGAGGCGGGCGGGUCAAGACCUGGAGGAGGAGGUGGUUCCUCUUCGAUAUGGACCACAGGCGGCUAGCCUACUACACAGACUGUGAUGAGAGGAAGCUGAAGGGGGUGAUCUACUUCCAGGCUAUAGAGGAAGUCUACUAUGACCACCUGCGCACAGCCACUUCAUCUCCGCGGCCCAGCCUUACGUUCUGUGUGAAGACGUACGAGCGCCUUUUCUUCCUGGUGGCGCCCAGCGCCGAGGCCAUGAGGAUCUGGAUGGACGUCAUUGUCACAGCAACAGACGAGCACAGCCGCUACUGACCUUGACGUUACACCUGUCCCCUUUCCUGUGUCUGUCUGACCUCCCCCUUGGACUGAACCUCCAUUCACCUGGCUGACCUGGCUAACCUGGCUACAGUUUCAGCAGUUUACAUUAUGUGGGGAAAACUGCAAUCUUCCACCUCCACCCUCCAAUGCGUGUAGGACCCAGCAAGACUGGCAUUUUGCUGCCUGAACUUCACGUCAUAUGAGUGGUGGAGGUGAGGAGUGAAGAGCAGAACAUAACGUUCAGGAAAGCUCUUCCUGAAGGAACUGACAUUUGAUUCUGGACAGUUUCCUAGGAGCUUUGAUGACAUGGGACUGAGUGGCAGACUGUUAUAGGUUCUGUGUGGAACAAGAGACAUUUGGAGGAGGGACAAGGCCAUGGGAAUAUAAAGAUGUGGAAGUGCAAGCUGGAGCAACCAUUUAAUGGUUGGUGUCUCUCUAGCAGCUGUGUUUGAGCUCCCUCUUGUGGCCAGAUUAAAGUAUUGAAAUAUGCAGGUAACUGCCAAAAUAAUGGAAACACCAGCAUAGUGUGUCUUAAUAGGUCGUUGUGCCACCACGAGCAAGAACAGCUUCAAUGCACCUUGCUAUGGAUUCUGCAAAGGUCUGGAAUUCUAUUGGGGGGAUGCGACACCAUUCUUCCAUAAGAAAUUUGAUAAUUUUGUGUUUUGUUUGAUGGUGGAAAACGCUGUCUCAGGCGCCGUCCAGAAUCUCUCAUAAGUGUUCAAUUGGCUUGAGAUCUGGUGACUGAGUUGGCCACGGCAUAUGGCUUUACAUCGUAUUAAUGCUCAUCAAAUCAUUCAGUGACCCCUCAUGCCCUGUGGAUGGGGGCAUUGUCAUCUUAUGGUGGCAUAGCCAUGGGAGACAAAAUAAUUGACAAAAUGACCCUAAGCAUGAUGGGAUAUCAAUUGUUUCAUUAACUCAGGGACCACACCUGUGUGGAAGCACCUGCUUUCAACAUACUUUGUAUCCCUCAUUAACUCAAGUGUUUCCAUUCUUUUGGCAGUUACCUAUACAUGUAUGUCUGUAUUGAACAUUGGUAUAUUUAUCAUCUGUCAAAAGGGCUGUUCAGAGUCAAUCAAAACACUGACCGAUCGUUCAGUUCUUAAAAUGGAUUGUUUUUUUGUUGUUUGUUUUUUACAAUAUCAACACAGAAAUACUAUGCUUAUAAAUAUGUAUUAUUAAUAUUGUCAUUAUUAUUAUGAUCAUUAAAGGUUUUUCAUACA